AUCCUGUCGUCCUGUUUCCCGGAAUCAUUCCCGGAUGCGAUACCCCCGCAAAGCCAAGCCCCCCAAAACCGGCGACGCGACGAGGGCGAGGAAGGCGCCACCGGUUCAAGCAAGCCCUAGCCCUUGGCGACGCGGCGGUGAAGGAUUUGAUCGGCGGAGAAGCCCUAGGUUCUUCCCCUGUUACUCUCCUCGGCGGGCUGCGCCGCGAGGACCCGUGUUGAUCUGAUCCAUUCGGCCCGGCUCGGCCCCGCCAUGUCGACCCAUAGGGUUCUUUGCAAGUUCUUCAUGCAUGGAGCUUGCUUGAAAGGAGAGUAUUGUGAGUUCUCCCAUGACUGGAAAGAUCAAGCGAAUAAUGUUUGCACAUUCUACCAGAAAGGUGCAUGCUCAUAUGGUAGCCGUUGCAGAUAUGACCAUGUCAAAGUUUCUCGUAACCCUACAGUGCCUCUGCCAUCACCAUCGUCAAGUACUGCAAGACCCUCAUCUACUUAUCUUCAACUUUCAAGUUCUGGUCAUCCUCCUCGCACGGGACACCAAACAGAUUCAAAGAAUCAAAGAAAUCAGAUAUCUGUAGAUGUGCCGGCACAUUCUGCCAGUAAGCCUGCAUGGAGAAAUGAUUUUCAACACGUUGUUUCCGAGGAUGGAAUUGACUGGUCCUCUAACCAAACUUUGCAAAACCAGACAUCAUUGAAACCUGCUGAUCUGCCUAUUUGUUCUUUUGCUGCUGCUGGCAAUUGUCCUUAUGGGGAAGGGUGCCCUCAAAUGCAUGGAGAUAUUUGCAGUACCUGUGGAAAAAUGUGCUUGCAUCCUUAUCGUCCUGAUGAGAGGGAGGAGCAUAUCAAGUUAUGUGAGAAAAACCACAAACGCCUUGAAUCUCUGAAACGCAGCCAAGAGAUAGAAUGCAGUGUCUGUUUGGAUUGUGUGCUAUCAAAGCCUACUGCUGCUGAAAGAAAGUUUGGACUAUUAUCUGAAUGUGAUCAUCCUUUCUGUAUCGCAUGCAUUAGAAAUUGGCGUAGCAAUUCUCCUGCAUCUGGUAUGGAUGUGAAUUCAGCACUAAGGGCAUGUCCAAUAUGUCGCAAACUUUCGUACUAUGUCAUUCCAAGUGUUCUUUGGUACUUCUCGAAGGAAGAGAAGGAGGAGAUCAUUGAAAGCUACAAAUCCAAGCUCAAGUCUAUAGAUUGCAAGUACUUCGAUUUUGGGACUGGCUCAUGCCCCUUCGGUACAAGUUGUUUCUACAGGCAUGCCUAUAGGGAUGGACGCUUGGAAGAGGUCGUACUGCGGCAUCUUGAUGCUGAUGAUGGAAGUACAGUAAUUGCAAAAAAUAUCAGGCUGUCGGAUUUCCUCAGUCGGAUGCAUCUUUAGGGAUUACCAGCUGUAUAUAUAUCAAAUAAAUUUUGAAGUUCUCCGCUGUCUGGCUAGAUGCCUGGAUGACCUCUUGAAAGAAGCACAGUCGACGCAAGGAUGACGGGAAAAUAGUCCCAGAAGAAUUGUGCUGGAAUUUCAAAGCAGAAGUAAAACAAUUAAUAGAUUUCACUAUAUGCGUUUUGAGUGCUGGUCUUCUGGGCUACCAGUGAUUCAGUAGAACAUUUCCUGGCCGUCACUAAAAUGGCAGGUGUGUAAAAUACUAACCUUCUACCUUGGUGGUCGUAUUGUGUUGAGAAAAGGGUUAAGCACCGUUGGCCGUUCACCAAUUAGUCAACUGAGGUCAUUUGGUUGUAUUACUUUGUUAUACGGAAGGUGGACAAAACAGCAAAUGAAACGCAGAAUGGUCAUUGUCGUACAGCGAAUUCUCCCACAGCUGAGUCGAAGGUGAGUUGUACUUCCCAACUGGAAGGGCCUCGGGACAGCAGGUCAAUUGAGGUCAUUUGGUCAUAGUGCUUAAAUUUAUGUGAAAACUAACGAACGAACACAUGAUGGUCACUAUUCUGCAGUGGUUUUUAAGUGC